AUGGAUAUUGCAAAGCCGGUUGGAGUGCCACUGGGAAGCCAGUUCAGAUUGUCCAAUAAGGAUUCGCCCAAGGAUGACUCUGAAAAGGAAAGGAUAAGAAUUACGCCUUAUGCUUCGGCUAUAGGGAGCCUGAUGUACGCUAUGGUCUGCACCCGGCCAGACAUAGCACAUGCAGUGGGAGUAGUCAGCCGGUUCAUGAGCAAUCCUGGAGUGAUGCACUGGGAGGCGGUAAAGUGGAUUCUUAGGUACCUGAGGGGUACUAAGGACCGGGCAUUGGUAUUUGGCAGGAGUACCCUUACCCUGUCUGGGUUUGUCGAUGCUGAUUUUGCAGGAAGUGAUCUUGACAAGAGGAGGAGUACUACUGGGUACGUGUUCACUUACGGCGGGACGGCCGUAUCCUGGAUCUCGAAACUGCAGAAGAUAGUCACAUUGUCCACAACGGAAGCUGAGUACGUGGCAGUGACGGAGGCAGCCAAGGAGCUCGUUUGGUUGCAAAACUUCCUGAAUGAACUUGGAAGACCUCAAGAGGAUGUAGCUCUAUACAGCGAUAGCCAGAGUGCAAUCCAUCUGGCAAAGAACCCCGCGUUUCACUCGCGAACGAAGCACAUCGAGGUUAAGUAUCAUUUCAUCCGGCAACUUCUAGAGAAGAAGGUGUUGCAGCUGAAAAAGGUUCCGGGAGAGAGAAAUCCUGUAGACGUGUUGACCAAGGUGAUAAAUACGGUUUAG